ACCAUAAAGAUAAUGGAAGUUCCAGUUAUAAAGAUAAAGAAAACUAGUCCUGAUAAAUCAGAAGAAAAACUAAUAAAAAGUAUUAUUCAUAUGGAAAUUAAAAUGCCCUACAUAAAGAUGGACUCAAUAGAAGAACUUGGAGAUUCUGAUUCCCCAGAGUUUGAGACGGUGUUUGUUGUAGCAGACUUCCAAGAUUCUGUGUUUAGCAACCUCUACAAAGCAGAUUGCCGUGUUGUUGGACCUCCAGUAGUACUGCACUGUGCACAGAAAGGAGAGCCUUUACCUUUCUCAUGUCGUCCACUGUACUGUGCAAGUAUGUUGAACUUGGUACUGUGCUUUACGGGAUUCAGAAAGAAAGAUGAAUUA